AUGUCAUUAUUUAGAACUUUACAAUCAUCACCUGCAACUAUAACAUUAUUUCAUAAUGCAAAAUUACCAUUAUCAAAUAAAGUUUAUGAUAUUUUAAACAAGACAUAUGAAACAUUACCAGAAAAACCAAAAUAUGAUUUUCAAAUUGAUUUAGCUAAAAAUCAAAUGCCAACAUAUGAUCAAUAUCAAAUAUUUGUAAAUAAAUUUUUGAAAACUGAACAAUCAAAACAAACAUUACAUAAUUGUUUCCCAUUUUUACAUGAUAGACAAACUGAAUUAUUAAAUUCAAAUGGUAAAGUUAUAACUGUUAAGGGAAUAGAUUGGUCAAAUAAAAUUUUUAAUCAACAUGAUUAUCAAUUAAUUUAUGAUACAUUUAAUAAAUUAAUUAAUGAAUCAACUGAUUUAUCUAUUCAUACUAAUCCUGCUGAUAUUUUUAAAGCUCCUUUAGUUGUUGAUUGGGAUCAAGAUUUAUUAGCUGGUGAUGAAGAAACUUUAAAAACUUUAUUAGCAAAAUAUACAAAUCAAGAAUAA